AUGUCAGAAGCGGAAGAAGGACUGCCUGCCCCUGCAAGCGAAGUCUUGGGACAGGGCGAUGACUGGGCUCGCUUUUUGCAGACUAGGCUUCCGCAGCCAGAGAGUGCCAGAAGUUUGGAAGCCGACCAUGCUCCCAAAGACACUGGGGUAGAGACUUCGGCAGUGCCUGACGCUGCAGAUGUUGAUCUCGGAGAGAAUUGGCAAAGGCUUGUGGACGAAGCUGAAGCGGCAGCUGCCAAUGAGGCCAGAGCAGUAAGGCCAGGCGAUAUGUCCAUCCGAUCUAAGAGGGGCCGUCCGACUGGCAGUAAGCUUUUCUGGCGUGUCGUGGAUGAGCGGAACAUGCGUGUGCCACGCAAUCCAGAGCCAGAGCCUUCGGCGCCAGAGCAGGAGGCACCUCGACAGCGGGAACUCGAAGCAGCUGCCCAACCCGAAGACCGGCUGGCGCCAGGAGUCGGGUCUUCUCUACAGCAAACAUUGGCGAUGCAGAGCUCAGUGGCCAUGAAUACCCGGCGCCCAUUGCCUGAGCCUCGAGAGAAGGACAAUUGUGAGACUGUGGACCGCAUGCUGUUUGCCCCAGGACGCAAAGUUGCAAGCUUUUCAGCUCUCAGUGAGAAGUGUCAGAUAGGUCCUCAACAGAUUUCAUACAGGGUUCGCCGCUUGGCCUGUGUCGUGACGGAAGGAAGCAAGUAUCUGAUUGAGUGCAUGUUCGAUGAAAUCCUGUCGGCCGUGAGGGCAAAUGCGAUGAAGAUCGUUGCAGUGUUUGAGAAGCGCAGAUACGACGAAACACCCCUUCCUGUCAAGCUCGACAGCAGAAGAGCGAAAAUCAUGCAGACAGAAGUGACGCUGGCGCUCCUCCUGGAAGACGUGGAGAAGGGAAUUCGUUUGUUCCUUCGAUUCCGGGUUCCAUCGCCAUUGAGGGCUCUAGAUGCCACAACAGCAGAAAACAUUCGGGCACUUCUGCUCGAUGCGUGUUUCUUUCCUGGGGUGCAGCGUCUUGCUGCGCACGCAGCGCAUCAUUAUGUUCUGGUGACAACGGACAGGUACGGCGCCAAUAUGGCGGCCGAGCGGAACCUAGAUUGUGAUCCGGGGUGGCCUAAGCCAGCAAAAGUUCACCUUCCCUGCGAUGUUCACAAAGUGAGUCAGGCGCAGACAGCACAGCAUGACCUUAUCGACAGAGAGAUCACAGGCAUGGUGGCAGCGGCAGUGUUGUUGGGCGAUUCUGGUGAGACAGUCCGUUUUCGUUCCUGUGUUAUGCGAGCUAUCGAACAGUCACUAGAGGUUUGCUACGGCCAUGCUCCAACUGGGUUUGUGCGUGAGUACCAACAGACCGUGCACGACUUGUAUCUUGGCUUGCCAACGGAUGACUCAGAGGAUUUCCGAAAACGCAGAUUGCUGCAAAGAGCCAUACUGAAACAUUUUUUCAAUGGGGACCUACAGUCCAGCAAAAUCCAGCACUGGACGCUGAAUCUGCAGCUGACUCGUGAUGAUGUGCUCCAGCAAAUCAGACGGUUUGCUCUGCGGAUGCUUUUGCCUGGUCCGGCUCCUAUCUUCCCAAGGCACCGCUGGACGAAUUGUGACUUCAGCGUAGAUUUCUACGGUCUCCUCGCCAGCCACCACGGCUUGCUGGAGGCUAGCCUGAGGCUUUGGCUGGGGCUUCCACAAGGCUCAGCGCAGGACGGCGGGCAGCAGCAUGGGCAAACGUUGGAGGAGUACCUGUUGCCAAAGCUACCGGCAGCUGCUGUGAACGCAGAGAACAAUGCUGCUGAUGCUGAAGCUGACGAUCGAGAACAGCCGCCAGAUGCCCCUCUUGCUACAGAUGCGCCCGGCGUGGCACCGCCGGACUGGGCCCAGGUGAACAGGUCGCUGAAAGCAAAAGUCACUGCUUGGGUGCAGAGUGUGUCGGCACAAGACUCUUUAGCCGGGCGGCUGGCGGUGGCCAGACAGGGUAUUGGACCUGUGUGCCGUUUGAUGCGCAAAUUCCUUCGACUGGCAGGGCACGCGUGGGACGUUGAACAAGAGUGCAAGGCUUGCAAAGGACAGCCGCGCAGCUAUAGGAUUUUGGAGGCAUGGGAAGGGCGAGACCUGGAUGAGUGCAUAGAGGCUUUGCUGCAGAUGCUGCAGGUGCCGGCCGUGUUUUUGCCGUUGCAGGACAUGCGGUCCGGCAAGCGAAGACUUCUUUUCAAGAUGGCCUCCCGCGCAGUAUGUGCUCUUCAGGUGUUGCUUGUUUCCUGCAGAACUGGCUGCCCCUACGCUCUGUUUUCCUGUAUGUUCGGAGAAGAACACGCGAGGUUUUUCUAUGAGCUGAAGCCAUGCCAGCACGAUGCGUUGGCGGCAGCCUGGGUGCGAAGCUUUCCCGAUGUUGCUUCCAGCCAGUCUGAGAUGGCCCAGGACUUGCUCACCGCUCUCGCGCUGUUGCUGGACCUGGACAUUUCUCAGAUAGAGGCACAGCACGCGAGCAUCCGGCGAGUUCUGAUGGCCAGGAGUUGCCAGACGCAUCCAAUGGCCUUUCAAGACCUGUCGGCAGAUUUUGCCCUCCGGCAGUUGGCCACGUAUGGAGAGAGCCUUCGCAGAGGCACAGAUCCGGUGUUGCCCGAGCCAUCUCGAAGGAUUUGGCUUGCGAUGGAGAAGAAAGGCAACGCGAUGAACCGAGAACUCUGUGGGCGAUAUGGAGCAGAAUGGAGGGGCAUGAGCGACGAUGCCAAGGAGCCAUAUCGGGAGAUCGCUCGAGCAGAAAAACUCAGCCGAGAUCUUGCUGCGUCGCUGCCACCGGCAGCACCUGGGUCCACUCAGCAGGACACAGUGGCUUUGCCCCCACGAGUUGCCGAUGAGUCGGUACUGGCUGUAGAACAGUCGGACAGCAUCGAAGCUGUCAUCAGCAAUGCAAAAGCCCGCAUCAAGCAGACGCAGCUGCACAGACGUGAUCGGGAGACUGAGCAAUCCAACACAAUGGCUGCAUUCCACGGGGAGCACGCGCACGAGCUGGAGAUUCCCGCUCUCUUGGCAUGGUCACCGCAGGUGCAUACUUGUGUCGGUGCUCCCAAUAUCAGUGCCUAUGAUCUCGAACUUCCCUGCGCCCGCAUGGCUCAGGCGCUGGAGCAUCAAUGGAUUUGUUCUGGCACAACAGGUUCCGUGGCUAUGCGACUUCGUCAGCACUGGGAUGCCUGGCUUCUCCAUGCUAACUUCAAGGCCUUGACGCGGCCGUUCUUUAUCAACAAAUCAUGCUUGAACGAAGGGGAUUUGGUGUUGCGCUUCGAUUGCCUGGACGUCGAAACCCAGGGCAUUGACGAAGGUGAUUGGACGGCUCUGCAAGAGCAAAUCAUGCUCCGGCAUGCACUUCAAACGUGCGAGAGCCCGAGCGACUUCCACCUGGCUCUGCAGUUUUUGCAGCAUGCGAAGCCUCGUACUCAAACGUUGUACCUUCAUGUGGGGUUCAGUAACCUGCGCACCUGGGAGUUUGGCUUCUUGCAAUUGGAGCCAGAGUCCGGGCCAGAUGCCCAAGGUGAGCUCUCCAUGGUAGUAACCCUCGACAGCAAACCGAUGCGCUCCCUUGCUGCCUUUGCAAAGCUGAACUUGCAAGUGCCCAUUUUACUUUCUUGGUACCGCCUCAGUGACGCGGAUGAACCUCUUGGGGUGUUGGAAAUGUUGCCUCGACGAGUGGACAUAGUUCCUUUGCAGCUGCCAAGUAUGCGAGUCUGGAAAGGGGCCAUCCAAGAGGAGCAAGAUCGGCAAGAUCGCGAGCACCGCCAGCAGAAGCCAAGCAAGAGAAGACAGCAGAAGCCAAGCAAGAGAAGCCAACAAAAGCCACCCGGCUCUGGCACCCGCGCACGUGCCAGGACCUCGCCCGGCACCGCUACUGCAAGUGGCGCGCGAUCUGCGCCGAGUGCACAGACUGGUCCCGAAGAUAGACGUGCAGAGUCGGAGCUGUCUGCUGCAGCAGACGACCCUCCAGCAGAGGCCGCGACAGCAGAUGCUGAUGAGCGAAGUGUCCACAGUCUGCGGACCGAGGAUGCGAGCGUAUCCUCCUUGUCGGAAGAGACAUUGGCUGCACUCGCUGCAGCCGGGAAUAGCGAUGAGAGCAUGGAUGCGGAGGGCGUCGAGCGCGGAGUAGAAUCAGACGCGGGCUCCUCAGGUGAUUCCGAUGAUUCUCCAGAAUCUGAUGCUGCAGUGCGACGACCUCCUGCUCCCCACCACAAAAUUUUCAGUGGAGUGCCAGAAGUGGUGUUGGAUGUGAACCCACACGGCGACGUGCGCGGCAAUGGCUUUCAGAGUCUGAUGACGAAUCGUCGAAAGCUCCGAAAAGAGUACUACUUCGCCCUGCUCAGAGCAGAUACGUUUGACCAGAUGGAUGCUGACUUCAUGCGUAACUCCGUACAGGGCAUCUGCACACGGCAGAUGGAGCAUGGGCCGCGAGACAUCGCCGGCGUGAUCUUGGAUGUAAAGCAGAGGAAGAGGUGCUUGGAGCAAGAGGACAGCUUCACUACCACAAAGAAGCCCGCGGCUUCUUCGGAUAGCGCCAAAACGUGGCACAACCAAAGUGUCGCCUGGCGGGAUCGUUUGGAAGUCUCCCGCAACUAUGGCCCUUGGACACAGUCGCCGCACACACAGCUUCAGGGGCUGCCGAAGUCGGAUCGGGUGAAAGACCUGGUUGAUCUCGUUGCUCUUGAAAAGACACGCGGCACCAAACGCAGCUGGCAGCAGAUGCAGAAUGCCUUGCACGGGCAUUUCGUAGAUGUGAGCCAAUCGCACCAAAGGUGCAAGUGCAGCAACACUGGUGGUUUCAUGCCAACGAUGACCACCGGCAGCAUUUACUACAGCUACGAGGCUGACAUGGUUCUGUGCGCCCGGGAGCACAUGAUGCUACAGGGGCACGACAACACCUUCCGAGUUCCAGUGGGCAUGGCUCCGAGGCAGCUGCGCUCCAUGGCUGGGAACGGCAUGUCUCUGCCGUCGCUAGCGACGAUGAUUUGGUCGUGGUUCCUUCUCAUGAACCGCAAAGGCUUAGUGAAUUGA